AUGGAGAGUCUUGAUACCGAGACUGUGGCGUGCCUUUAUUCAAUGAUAGAGGUACUUGUUCUGUGUCUACACACGGCAAGGCAACUCAUCAAUGCACAUGUCAAUAGAUCCCGGAAACGAAGGCGCAAUUUUAGGUCUCUAGUCUCAUCGUCGGUGUCCGAUAGUGGCCUUGGACUGCAUGGAAUGUGCACUCGCUGCAAUAUGCUUCAUUGGCACUAUCUUGCAGGCUUGCGCUUCUCACUCAAUUAUUGGGUGUACCCACGUAGCGUAGGUUGGUGGGAGAAUUACGUGCUUGCUGUUUGGAGUGACGAGCAAUGGAUAACACACUUCCGGAUGAGCAGAGGAACAUUCCUGGAGAUCUAUUCCAUUGUUAAGGAUAAAAUGGACAGACAAACAACAAGGAUGAGGUCUCCUGUUCACUCCGAGAAACAGCUCGCUGCAGGAAUCUGGUACCUUGCUAAUGGAAUAACCUAUCGUCUGGUCAGUGUCCAGUUCGGCAUCGGUGUGUCCACCGUUCAUGGAAUAGUGAUGGAGGUUUGUGAAGCCCUCGAGUCACGUUUGUUUUCCAAGGUCAUACGUCUUGGUGAUGAGAUUGGAAAGAUCGAGUCAGCCAUGGCUACAACCAUGAACCAGAAACCCAUGUUUAUUAGUGCCUUCUUUACUGAUCUUGGUCGGCUCUUAGGUGCACCUUCAGACAUCCACAAUGUGAAGGAAGGCUGCAUCAGCCACUCACUCCCCAAGGACUGUGGGAGGUAUGAAAGGACUCCACAGCCAGGACAGACAGCAAUUGCCAAUGUUUAUGUUAAACACAGAUCAUAUAUCCCAGUUUACAUGGCAUUGGAGAAUGAAAACCAAACUGGAAUGACACAGUUUCACUUCCAUCCUUUCUCAACUCUGCCAGAGAUACAGCUGCUGAUUUUCUGGACUUUUCUGAUUUUGUUCCUGCUCAGCCUCCUUGGGAACUCUGCUGUUGUGUUCACUGUCUGUACUGAAAGGUCUCUCCAUAAUCCCAUGUAUUUCUUCUUGGCUAAUUUAGCAGUUCUGGAGAUUGCAUACUCAUUUGUCAUUGCACCACUUACUCUAGUCAAUCUUGCAUCUGUGAAAAAAGCCUCCAUCUCCUUGGUUGGAUGUGGCAUGCAGAUGUUCUUCUUUAUCUUUUUGGGAGGUGCUGAUUGUGUCCUGUUGUCGGUUAUGGCAUAUGACCGAUAUGUGGCAAUCUGUUACCCACUGCGCUACCCUGCAAUUAUGAACUGGACAGUUUGUGUGAGUCUUGUAGCUGGGACAUUUACAAUAAGUUUCUUGUUUGGCAUUCAGCUCUCUGUCUUGAUAUUGCAACUUCCAUUCUGUGGCAACAAUGAGAUCAAUCAUUUUUUCUGUGACUUUCCUGCUGUCUUGAGGCUAGUCUGUAGUGAAACUCAUGCCUAUCAGGUCACCCUCUUCAUUAUCAGUGUUGUAAUAUUGACAAUCCCUUUCCUCCUAGUCUGCAUAUCCUAUGCCUUCAUAGUGACAGCCAUCUUGCACAUCCACUCCACUGAAGGCCGGAAACGAGCCUUUUCUACUUGCUCUUCCCAUUUAAUGGUUGUCCUUUUACAGUACAGUUGUGGCAGUUUAAUAUACUUACGCCCCAGCUCUAGCUACUCACCAGAGGAAGGUCGGGUGGUUGCUGUAGUCUACACUUUUAUCACUCCUGUAUUGAACCCCCUGAUCUAUAGCAUGAGGAACAAGGAGUUAAAAAAUGCACUGAAAAGAAUCUUGAGGAGAAAAGUGUUUUUCCAAUGA